GGACACAGCGGAUCACUGAUCCACGGAAAGAGCCGAAGAUGUCAGCUCGGUCAUGUGAUCAGCUGUGUCCAAUCACAGCUGAUCACUGAUCAUCAGAGCACUGAUGAUCAGUGUGCCCUGAUAAUCUGUGUAGCUCCAGCAGCGCCACCUGUCAGUGUCCAUCAGUGUCAGCUCUCAGUGCUCAUCCAUGCCACCUGCCAGUGCCCAUCAGUGCCACAUCAGUGCCCAUCAAUGCCACAUAUCAGUGCCCAUCUGAGCUGCCUUUCAGUGUCAACCAUCAGUGCCAGUCAGUGCCACCUAUCAGUGCUGACAAUCAGUGCCACCUAUCAGUGCCAGUCAGUACCACCUAUCAGUGUGCAUCAGUGCCGCCUAUCAGUGCCCGUCAGUGCCGCCUAACAGUGCCAGUCAGUGCCGCCUAACAGUGCCAGUCAGUGCCGCCUAACAG